AUGGCUACUACCGCUAAAGAUGGAGAGUUGCGAAUAAAGCCUUCGUCUUUUCGUAGUACUAUUAGUAAAGAUGAUGCGAAUUUUAAACCCGAAAAGGAUCGUUAUCAUCUGUACAUUAGCUGGGCUUGUCCAUUUGCCAACAGAACUGUCACUGUACGUGCGUUGAAAGGUCUUGAAGACGUUAUUGGAUUGAGCGUUGUUGAUUCCUUUUUGGGUGAGGGUGGGUGGAAAUUUAGCACUCCCGAGGAAACUCCUGGAUCUAUUCCAGACACUGUAAAUAAUGCUAAAUAUCUCCGAGAAUUAUAUUUUAAGGCUAAUCCUGAUUACGAUGGAAGAUAUACUGUUCCUGUUCUUUGGGAUAAAAAAUUGCAAACAAUUGUUAACAAUGAAUCCAGUGAAAUAAUCCGCAUUUUUAAUGAUGUGUUCGAUGAAUUUGUCCCAGAAACAAAGGGUAAAACUUUUUACCCAAAACAUCUUGAAAGUGAAAUUGAUAACAUAAAUAGUUGGAUUUAUGAUAGAAUUAACAUUGGUGUUUAUAAAUGUGGAUUUGCUACAACCCAAGAGGCUUAUAAUAAUAAUAUUGAAAAUCUUUUUGAAGCAUUGGAUAAUGUGGAAGCCAUUCUUUCUAAAAAUGAGUUCCUUGUUGGAAACACCUUUACCGAAGCAGAUAUCCGACUUUGGACCACUAUUGUUAGAUUUGAUCCAGUUUAUCAUACGCAUUUUAAAACAAAUUUAAAAUCUAUUAAAUAUGACUAUCCAAACAUUCUUCGCUGGGCUAGGCAAAUUUAUAAAAUGCCUAAAGAAUUUACUGAUGAAGUUUCUGACAAGGAAAAUGAACAUCCUUCAAAUUUAUAUACUGAAGAUGAUGAAACUAGUCCUGUUACAACGAAAUCUACAGAUUUUUCCAAUAAUGAAUACAUUAGUGAUCACAAUGAGUCAGACGAUGAAAGGAUUAUGUAA